ACCUUCUUCCGGGGUAGGAGAGGAGGAGUAGGAAAGGAGGGGUAGGAGAGGAGGAGUAGCAAAAGUUUCUGGACGCAGCCAUAGAUUCUGGGGCAGAUUACAGCGGAAGUAGGGGUCAAACUUGGUGAUUUAAUUAACUUGCGUUAACGUUGACAGCCCUAAGCAGGUUGACUCCUCCAAUAUGGCGGCCACGAUGACAUGACAGGAGGCAGGCUCUGCGGCGUCGUCACACAUACUACCGGCCGGUUCACCUCAGCUGUAAUGAAGACAGUCCGCCGGCAGAGGGCGCCGCGUGGUCACAUGACAGUGGGGUUGAAGAUGUCUGCCACGGAGGAGGACACGGAGCUGAGAGACCUCCUGAUCCAGAACCUGGAAAACAACGGCGUUUUAAACAAGAUUAAGGCUGAGCUUCGAGCUGCGGUGUUUCUGGCUUUAGAAGAGCAGGAUAAAGUGGAGAAUAAAACCCCACUUGUAAAUGAAAAUCUAAAGAAGUGUCUGAACACUAAAGAUGGACGCCUUGUGGCCAGUUUAAUCACCGACUUCCUACAAGUCUUUAAUUUAGACUUCACUCUUGCAGUCUUUCAGCCAGAAAUUAACACGUUAAAUGGGCUCGAUGGUAGGGAAAGUUUGUUCAGAGAGCUCGGCCUCUCGGAAUCAGAAGGGAAUAAGAGCACUCCUCUCCUCCUUGAGGUAAUAAAGAGGGGCCGUCAUAAGGACAGAGCUUCCAUCUUUUCUGAGGGAGAUCGAGUAAUGCACAUUCCCAAGGAGCUGUCUCCUCGUCAGAUCGCUGAAGCACGAAAAAAAUAUGACUCCAGAGACAAAGACAGAAGUGGUGGAAUAAGCAAAGAAGAAGUGAUUGGUGUUUUCUCAGAUCUUUUUCCCACUUUCAGCAGAGGCAUGCUGGAACGAUAUGUUACAGAUGAACUCGAGGCCAAAGAUAAAGACAGAAAUAGUUCUAUAGAUUUUCAAGAUUUCUUGGGAAUGUACAAACGAUUAUUCAUUCAGUGCAGAAGUGUGGUUGUCAGUGAUGGUAGCGAUACGGUUCCCUCCUUGGGUAAGAUUAUCGAUGACAGGAUCAGUUCAUCACCUACCAGCAAGAUACCCAGGUAUAAGGGAUUUAUAAAGCCCAUUGCAGAACAGGAACAGCCUCCUGGGUCCCAGGCUGGAGAGCUGUCACUGAAUCAUAGUGAGCCACUGGGUUCCCAGAAGAGCAGAGCUUUUGUGCAGCAGGUACCCAGUAUAACCAGCGAGGUGCUUGCAGCCAGCAGGAAAGACCCCACGGCCAUGAGGAGACCACUGGACUUGGGCCUGGAGGACGACGAUGAGGAAGGAGAUUCUUUCUUUGACGACCCGCUUCCAAAGCCUCAGAAGACUUAUGGCUGUUUACCCUCUACAAGAGAUAAGCCUUACUCAGGGCUUUACUCGGAUCUUUCUCAAAAGAGCUCUAGUCAGAAAGAGAGUCAGCACCUGCAGAGGGAGGAGAGCCUGGCAGGGCCGUCCUUCUCCCAAAUAAGGAGGGGUACUAGCCUCAAUGAUCUGUCUGCUAUUGGCAGCGACACUGAGGGUGAUGGAGACGACGUGUUCUCAGGCCACGAGAACAAGCGCAGCCCUGACUCUGAGCCCAGGAGAGCAGAUUCCACAAAAGUCGCUGGAAAAACUCCCUCCUCCUUAUCAGACAUCCCUCUGUUGAAAAGUGGGGGCGGAUCCCUCUCUGCAGAAAACAGCCAAAGAGACCCUGUCUCCAGUAAAAGUGGUACGUCUUAUUCCAAAGAAAAGGGUCUUCAGGAUUUUAAAGAGAAAACGGCUUCUCCUCUUCCAGAUGAAGACCUCGACUAUGACGACGACUUUAACAGCCAUCGAUCAGAUAACUCUAAGAGCGAGGUGAGCAUCGGUGAAGAGAUUGAGGAAGUCUCCAUCGAGGGACCUGAUUUCAGCGACAAGCUGGACGAGAUCACUCAGGACCUGAGUUUGUCUCAGCUGAGUCAAGGUGCUGCAGACUACAUGGAAGAUGUGGCGUGACUGCACGACAGCCGCUCGUGUGUUUUAUGUGUUUCGGGAUGUAAUUGUAUAAAUGAAUUGUGUCAGCAGUUCCUAUUAAAACUCUACUGUUCAGCCUCGA